AUGAAUUCCUUAACUCUUAAUUUCAAAGUAUCCAAUUUAGAAAAAGAUUUUAGAGAUUCUAAACAAUGCUUUUUCAGUAUAAUUCUGGAACAUUAAAAAUGGAUUUUUGGAAUGAUUAAUAUAAUAUCAAUUGUUGGCAGUCUUGUUACAAAGGAUUGGAUAGUAGGAUCAAUGAACAUAUGUACAUUAAUUUUAAUCAUGAUAUCAAUCAAAUUUAAGCAAAAAUAUCCCCUCAUAUAUGAAGUUUUGAUAAUAACAUUUUUGCUUAUUUAUAAUACAUACCUUGCAAUGGAGAAAUAUUUAAAUUAGAUAGAAACACAUUACGUUGAAGGAUUUUUCAUUUCUCUAUCAUGUGUAAGGUAUUAAAAAAUCCAUAAAUUAAUAGUGCAUUAACUUUAUUAAGUUUUAUAGAGAGAACUGCUAUGACUAUUCUAAUUGUAGUUUUACAUUUAAUAUUUGGUAUUGAUCAUAAUACAAUUUUUGUGGGCUCAUAUUUUAAAUUUAUAAUGUAUGCUAUAUUUUUCUUACAAUUUACUUAUCAUUUCGAAAAAUUGAUUAGAAUUUAAUUCAUUGAAUACAAAAAGUUAUAACAACAACUAUAAAAGAUUACAAAAUUUAAUGACAUUCUAAGCUAUUCUAUAAAGUAUGAUGAAAGAAAAUCUUUAAUUUUGAUUCAAAAAAAUAAUAAAACAAAUAUCUAAAAAGAAGAUUAAGAUGAAUUCAAUAAGUUAGCAUCAUCUAUGUAUUUGUCAAUGAAAAGUUAUAAAAGUAGAAUAACUGAGGUCAUAAACAUGGAUUAAGCAUUCUCUCCAAAUAGACAAACUUUAAAAUAACUUUUAUUAAAUUUGGCUGUAGAAAAUUAAACUGAUAAUCCUGAUACUCCAUAAAGAAAUAAAAAUGAAUAUGUUUUAUAUGGAUUCUAUAAACAAUAAGUUUUUACUCUAUGUGUAUAUUUAUGUUUAGAUAUUUAACCAUCAAUAAUAAUUCUAAUGAAAGAAAGUAAAUCUGAAACACAAGAGGAAGAACUUAAAUUGAGAAUGAGAAAUAACUAAAAACAAUUUAAUUACUUAUCAAAAAUCUUUGAUUAAUAAAUUAAAAAGUCUUUAAUCUAUUUCAAAUGGAUAUAAAAUUAUGCUAAUAAAUAAAAUGACAUUAAAGUUAUUAAUUUACUUUUAAAAACUAUCAAUUAUUGUUUAACCAAAGGAUAUACUGACUUUCUAAAUUUAGAAAAUUUCAAUUAAAUCUACACCAUAUAACCAAAACUUAAGUAAUUCGACAUUUAAUUACUAUUAAAGGACACAAUUGCUAUCUGUAAUGGAUAUUAUCACACUUAAAGGGACUCUUUGGCUAAUAUCAUCUUUUUUGAAAUCAAGAAUACUUUAGGCAAUAAUCUUAUUUUAUCAGAUUAUAAGUAUGUAAAACUAUUAUUUUUAAAUUUGCUCUUUUAUACAUCCUAGGCCUCUUAAACUAUUGUUAUAGAAUUAGAGGAAAUUUAAUCAAAGUUACUUUAACAGCCAAUCAUCAAAGUUAAAAUAAUAUAUCAACAUCCAAAUAAAUCAAAAUAAUAAUUGUAAAAUCUCCCUAUACUGAAUCCAUAGUCAUUAACAGACUUAAAACAUAAUAGUUAAGUUCCAUUAGAAUUAGAUUUAGCAGUUUCAGUAAUGUUAAUUAGAAGAUUGGGACCAUUUGAUAAACUUAAGAUUAUUCAGUAAAAAAGAAGAUCAAAUUACCUAGAAUUUUACUUGUUUAAGUAACUUACAGAAGACUUUUUACUAAUGCCUAUUAUAUCACUAAAGCCUGUUGAUAAAAUUAUAACACAACAGGAUUCAAUAAUAAUGAACUCUUUCUCUACUGAAUUGCGUUUGGAUUCUUUUUAAAAUAGCGUUUAAUUUUUAUGA